UCGGGAUGUAAACAUCAAGUUUCGGGCUGGUCUUUAUAGCUCUUGUAAACAUAAAUUGAGUCACGACAAGGUGGAAUCAUACGCUCGACAAUUUUUUAGCCGAUUGAAUUAUUGUUGUUUGUCUUAAACGUUGUAUUUUUGCUUAACUUUGGAUUAAAAAUGCCUUCAUAUCCUGAAUAUAAGUGGAGAUACAUAUUUGCAAUUGAAAGAGGCAGGGGUCGCUUGGUGUUAAAAUUAACGAUAAAAUGGCCACUAAGGAUUUGGACUUCCAAACCUAGAGUAUCCUUUUAAAAUGAUGAAAAUUUACAUUAUUUUUUUUUUACUUUGAAUUGAUCAAAGCUUUUAAGUAAAAUUCUACAGGGAAAUGUAUUCUUUAAGGGACAUAAAAAGUCCCCCUCCCCCAAUUAAAAAAAAAAAUAACAUCUGUAUUAUAUUGCUCAACCUAUGUGAAAAAGUCGUUUUCUUGGAUUUCACUAUUUUGAUGAAUGUACAGAACGUGCCUUGAAAAAAUUGCCCUAAAAAUACUGCUAAAAGUGUCUUUCUUUUGGGCGUGGGGUUCAUAAAUUCAUUAUUGCUGGCAGGUGAGAGCUGUUUAUGAUGUGUCAUAUAAAACACACGUUGACAGACACUGGCCUCGCCUACAUGUUUCAGACAACAGGGCGGGCUCUAUAUAAGAGAAGGACAGGGUUCUGUUGAGAUAUCCUCUGCCUACAAGCUGCAGUGACCACACCAGUACAACAGUCCAACAGCCAGCCACUUCUGUGUCCAAGUGUGAGUGACGUCAUGAAGGUACUUGCGGUCAUCUUGCUGUGCCUAGCGGCAUCAGCCAUGUCAGAGAAGAGAAUCAUCAACGGAAACCCAGCAGCUCUGUACUCUCACCCCUACAUAGCCUCUCUGCAAUAUUAUGUCCGACAAUGGCCUUCUUCAGGCUGGAAACAUAUCUGCGGAGGAUCACUCAUCCACAGGAGGUGGGUGCUCACCGCUGCUCAUUGCGUGGAUGGUCUUGUCACCAGCGAUAUGCGGAUAGAACUUGGCGCUCUAAAUCUGUAUGAGAGUCCAAACCAAUACGAAGAAACCAUCAAAGUCGCAAACUACACCAAACAUUCGCAUUACAGGGCCACGGGGUCUGGAAUCCCCAACGACAUCGCCCUGAUUUACCUGACGAAAGACGCGACUCUCAACAAAAACAUACAGCUCGCUCGUCUAGCUCCCAGUGGCUCCUCCUUCGCCUACACACAAUGCGUGCUGGCCGGCUGGGGUGCGAUCAGAACUGGUUCCAACCCCCAAGACGCCGAGACCCUGAAAGAGGUGAAGAUCACCAAAAUCCCCAAUGAUCGGUGCAACAACCUCUGGGCAGGCCAGGCCAUCACGGACUCUCACAUCUGCGUCCACGAGGCAGACAGGCAUGCCGGCCAGGCUCCUAGCGCCUGUAUGGGGGACAGCGGAGGACCCAUGAUGUGUGGAAAUGGACAUGGCAUCUUGGCCGGGGUCACGUCCUGGGGAGAGAAAACCUGCAGCGGAACUCUGCCCAGCGUCUACACCAGAGUCUCCGCGUAUCUGAGCUGGAUCAGGCACUACGUGGGCCACAUCACCACCGCUUAGUGAUCCGCUCACACUCUGAGGGCCGGCCAUACCCUUCCAAUAUUAUACAGAAAUAAAGAAUCAGCUUCAAG